ACUGUGUUGUGGAUUCCAAAAAAAAAAAAAAAAAUCAUUAAAAAGUGGGAGUUGACGAGCUAAUUUCUUCUGUGAUUUCUUCCGUCGAUUGGCAACAAUUCUCGACGCAGCACCCAGCCGCAGCCAUGCCCGGGAUAGAGAAGUUGCCAAUAGAGGAGACGCUGGAGGACAGUCCGCAGACUCGCUCUCUGCUUGGAGUGUUUGAGGAGGACACAGCUGCCAUCUCCAACUACUGCACAAUGCUUUAUCAGGCCAUGCACAGGAUCUAUGACGCCCAGAAUGAGCUGAGCGCUGCCACACAUCUGACCUCCAGAUUGCUGAAGGAGUAUGACAAACAGCGUUUUCCUUUAGGAGGCGAUGACGAGGUGAUGAGCUCUACCCUGCAUCAGUUUGCGAAAGUCAUCGAUGAGUUGAGCUCCUGUCACGCCGUUUUGUCCACCCAGCUUGCUGAUGCCAUGAUGUUCCCCAUAAGUCAGUUCAAAGAGAGAGACCUGAAAGAGAUUCUCACCUUGAAGGAGGUUUUCCAAAUAUCUAGUGACGAUCACGACACCGCCAUCAACAGAUACAGCCGCCUGUCCAAGAAGAAGGACAACGACAAGAUGCGGGCUGAGGCGGUGGAGGACGUGUACACCUCGCGCAAGAAGCAGCACCAGACCAUGAUGCACUACUUCUGCUCCCUUAACACGCUGCAGUACAAGAAGAAAACGGCACUACUGGAGCCGCUGCUGGGCUACAUGCAGGCUCAGAUCAGCUUCUUUAAACUGGGCUCCGAAAACCUCACCCAGCAGUGGGAGGACUUCCUGACCAACAUCGGAACCAGUGUCCAAAAUGUGCGUCGGGAGAUGGAGGAGGAGGUCAGCCAGAUGCAGGAGACCAUCCAGCAGAUGGAGAGCUCGUGUGACACCCUAUAUGCACCGUGUGACCCAGACCCGGUCCACUCCCCUGUGUGUCGAAACCUCACCAGGAAGCAGGGCUACCUCUACAUCCGCAAUAAGACGGGCCUGGUGUCAACGUCAUGGGAACGACAGUACUUCUUCACCCAAGGAGGAAAUCUGAUGCAUCAGGGCCGGGCCGAAGUGGCGGGCGGCCUGGUCACCGACCUGGACAACGCCUCCGUCAUGGCUGUGGACAGUGACGACCGCCGCUUCUGCUUCCAGGUCACGUCCUUCGAUGGCAAAAAAGUUGUGACACUGCAGGCGGAGAGCAGAAAGGACUGCGAGGAGUGGAUCGCCACCAUCAACAAUAUCUCUCGCCGCAUCUACCUGAGCGAGAACGCUGAGGAAGUGGCGGCAAGAGCCAACCAAUCAGCCAUUGAGGCGGUGACCCCGUCGCCUUCCUUCCAGCAGAGGCACGAAAGCUUGCGGCCAGCCAGCAAGGGUCGCGUGGGCCGAACAAGCAGCAUCAGCUCUGUUGGCUCCGAGCCCUCGCCUGCCCUCUCUGUGCUCUCAUUGGACGCCCUGGUUGCCCCAGACACGCCCAUCCAGUUUGACAUCAUCUCACCCGUCAGUGAGGAGAACUCUGGACACAGCAAGACGGCAGCUCAGUCUGGCAGGAGAAGUAACCCAUUCGGAGAGUCAGGUGACAACCCAGUGAUGGAAAACGAAGACUCGAUCCUUCACCAGCUCUUCAUUGUUCGCUUCCUGGGCUCGAUGGAGGUAAAGACUGCCGAGUCUGCGGAUGUCAUCCCCGAGACCAUGAGGCAGAUCUUGGCGGCCCGAGCCAUUCACAACAUCUUCAGGAUGACCGAGUCACACCUGCUAGUCACCUGCGACUGCCUCAAGCUCAUCGAUCCCCAGACACAAGUUACUCGCCUCAGGUUCCCCCUGGUCAGCGUGCUUCAGUCGUCCUCCCACCAGGACAACAAGAGGCUGUUUGGAUUCAUCCUGCAGACGGCGGGCAGCGGGCGACCCGACAGCCGAGUCGUGUGCUACAUCUUCGAGUCCAACGAUGAUGGCGAGAAGAUCUGCGACAGCAUCGGCCUGGCCAAGCAGAUCGCCCUCCACUCUGCGCAGGACCACAAGGCGGCGGAGAAGAGGAAGGAGCAAGACAAGGCCAAAGAGAAGCAGCAGGAGGAGCUCAGCAAGCAGAAACAAAUUGAAAAGGAUUUGGAGGAGCAGAGUCGCCUCAUCGCCGCUUCAAGUCGCCCCGGCAACCCCUCGGCGCCCGACGGACACUUCGUCGUGCUGAGCAACAGCCAGUCCGAGGACAGCGACGCCGGCGGCGAGGAGGGCCCGAAGAAGGGCGAGUCGGAAGCCUGACACCUAACAGAAUGCAUGUCCCAACACAGCAGACCACGCUCAGGAAGCAACACCUGAUGAAAAACUAAAUCAUCACCUCUGGUUACUGACUCUUAGAAAUGCUUUUAUACUCGCUCCUGAUAACUACAAAGCAACCUUUUACUUGUGCAUUUUACAAACAAGCUCUCUCAUGUCGAGUUUGGAUGCUAAGCACUGAUGACUGCAUUGUUAAAGCCCUCAAGGGAUAAAAAGACGAGGGAACGUGAAGGCACCACCACUUAAAAAUCACCUUGAUUGUGACAGCAAGAGUUUUAUAGUUAAUUUGUUCCAGCUCAGUCAUCUUCUCAUCUAAAAGCACUCUUAUUUCACACUUGACAGUUUUACUGAGGGCAAAAGUUGGCUCCAGCAAAGAGCAUUGAAGGUGUCAAUGUUAACCUCCUCAAUAAUGAUGAUGACAUUAGGCUUGAUAUUAAGAAAUGUGUUUAAAUCCACAAAGAAUGUCACUGAUGGAUGUGUGAUUGUUGAACUUUUAUGGGAAAAUCAGUACGUUUACUAAAGAUGAUUGCAUCUUUGUUGGGAGUGUUUGUUUUUGCAGUAGGCCGAAAAAAACCCAUGUUGACCGUUCAGCACUUUACUUUGUUGGACUGUACAUACGACUCGAUGUCUAACUGUUAUUUAAUCACACACACAAAAAAAGAAGCUUUUUACAAACAAAUAAAAGCACUAACCUCA